GGUUGCAGUCGCCUCCUCCUCAGCGCAGCCGUCGCAGUCUCGAGGUUAUAAAAGGGCUAACUGGCUCCCUCUGCUGCCGAGUCGCGCCGCCAGCGGGCUGAGGGAAAGGAGUAGGUAGCCGGCCGGGUGCAGGCGACCGGGUGCUGAAGAACGCGCGGCUCUCGCGUGCCACUUCCCAGGUGUGUGAGCCUGUAAAAUUAAACCUUUGAAGAUGAUCUGGUAUAUUUUAGUUGUAGGGAUUCUACUUCCCCAGUCUUUGGCCCAUCCAGGCUUUUUUACUUCUAUUGGUCAGAUGACUGAUUUGAUUCAUACUGAAAAAGAUCUGGUGACUUCCCUGAAAGACUAUAUAAAGGCAGAAGAGGACAAAUUAGAACAAAUAAAAAAAUGGGCAGAGAAAUUAGAUCGGUUAACCAGCACAGCAACAAAAGAUCCAGAAGGAUUUGUUGGACACCCUGUAAAUGCAUUCAAAUUAAUGAAACGUCUGAACACUGAGUGGAGUGAAUUGGAGAAUCUGGUCCUUAAGGAUAUGUCAGAUGGUUUUAUCUCUAACCUAACCAUUCAGAGACAGUACUUCCCUAAUGAUGAAGAUCAGGUUGGGGCAGCCAAAGCUCUGUUGCGUCUCCAGGACACCUACAAUUUGGAUACAGAUACCAUCUCAAAGGGUGAUCUCCCAGGAGUAAAACACAAAUCUUUUCUAACAGUUGAGGACUGUUUUGAGUUGGGCAAAGUGGCCUACACAGAAGCAGAUUAUUACCAUACAGAACUGUGGAUGGAACAAGCACUGAGGCAGCUGGAUGAAGGCGAGGUUUCUACCAUUGAUAAAGUCUCUGUUCUAGAUUAUUUGAGCUAUGCAGUAUACCAGCAGGGAGACCUGGAUAAGGCGCUUUUGCUCACAAAGAAACUUCUUGAACUAGAUCCUGAACAUCAGAGAGCUAACGGUAACUUAAAAUACUUUGAGUAUAUAAUGGCUAAAGAAAAAGAUGCCAAUAAGUCUUCAGAUGACCAAUCUGAUCAGAAAACCACACUGAAGAAAAAAGGUGCUGCUGUGGAUUACCUGCCAGAGAGACAGAAGUACGAAAUGCUGUGCCGUGGGGAGGGUAUCAAAAUGACUCCUCGGAGACAGAAAAAACUCUUCUGUCGCUACCAUGAUGGAAACCGCAAUCCUAAAUUUAUUCUGGCUCCAGCCAAACAGGAGGAUGAAUGGGACAAGCCUCGUAUUAUCCGCUUCCAUGAUAUUAUUUCUGAUGCAGAAAUUGAAAUUGUUAAAGAUCUAGCAAAACCAAGGCUGAGCCGAGCUACAGUACAUGACCCUGAGACUGGAAAAUUGACCACAGCCCAGUACAGAGUAUCUAAGAGUGCCUGGCUGUCUGGCUAUGAAAACCCUGUGGUGUCGCGAAUUAAUAUGAGAAUCCAAGAUCUAACAGGACUAGAUGUCUCCACAGCAGAGGAAUUACAGGUAGCAAAUUAUGGAGUUGGAGGACAGUAUGAACCUCAUUUUGAUUUUGCACGGAAAGAUGAGCCAGAUGCUUUCAAAGAGCUGGGGACAGGAAACAGAAUUGCUACGUGGCUGUUUUAUAUGAGUGAUGUGUUAGCAGGAGGAGCCACUGUUUUUCCUGAAGUAGGAGCCAGUGUUUGGCCCAAAAAGGGAACUGCUGUUUUCUGGUAUAAUCUAUUUGCCAGUGGAGAAGGAGAUUAUAGUACACGGCAUGCAGCCUGUCCAGUGCUGGUUGGAAACAAAUGGGUAUCCAAUAAAUGGCUCCAUGAACGUGGACAGGAAUUUCGAAGACCAUGCACCUUGUCAGAAUUGGAAUGACAAAUGAACUUUCUUUCUCUCCUGUUGUACUCUAAUGUGUCUGAUACACACAAUUCCCAGUCUUAACUUUCAAGAGUUUACAAUUGACUAACACUCCGUGAUUGAUUCAGUCAUGAACCUCAUCCCAUGUUUCAUCUGUGGACAAUCACUAACUUUGUGGGGUUUUUUUCUUUUAAAAAUAACACUAAAUCACCACAUUGUACAUAUAAAAACCUUAAAGUUCAGUUAGUAUCACAGAGGACAAAAAGGCAGGGUUAAAAAUGAGGAACUUUUACUUUUAUAUUUUAAAAACUUUUUUUGGUUGGAAAAAAAAAUACACGUUAAGCAUCUGGUUGUAAUAUUUCAGUAUAUCUCUGUUGGUUGGUGGUGGACUAAAAUGGUCCAUCUGAUUAAGGAACAGAUGCCUUACAGUGUAUACCUAGGUACUAUGUUUACCUAGUCUUAACUUUCUUCUGGAUCUGCCUGACAACUAGGAAUAAAUUAGCCCUCUAAACUCGGUUCCAUUUAACGUUUGCCCCUAUGUUUUCUAAGUAGAUUUUUUCUUCUCCCAAGUCCUUUUUUUUUUUUUUUUUUUCCCAAGUCCUUUUUAAAGUAUUCUUUAUUUUUACCAAUCUGCUCCUUUCAUAGCUCCUCUGUGGUGAAUUAAAUUUGAGUUAAAAAAAUUUAACAGAAGGUCCUACAUUAAAAAGUUUUGGCCUUCUUAACAGAAAUGAUCAUGACUUAGCCUGUUUCUUCUUUUUCUUAAAUGACUCAUGAUUUUGUCCAAAAAUUUUUGUUGUUUUCCUUAGCUCUAAUUCCUUGCCUCUUAUUCCAGCUACAGACAGCAGGGGAUGAUGAUGUUGGCAUUCAGAUUAAAUAAAUAUUGUGCCUUAGGAGACUGGAAGUUUUAAAAUGUACAAGUUCUUUCAAUGAUGAGGGAAUUGAUAAAAAAAAAAAAAAGUUUUUCCUAAACAGUCAAAAUGUUUGUUUCUUCAAUUCUGAAAUGUGUUGUGACAAUAACCUAUUUAUGAUCUUAAACCUUUUUUUAAAAAUG